CACAGAGAAAAACAAGAGUUGUUUGUUAGGUCUACUUUUGUUCAAACAGUGAGGAAAAACAGCAAGACAUAUAAUAUCUCUCUCUCAAUUAAGGGAUAUAUUCAAGAAUGGCUAGUGUUAGCUACUAUUCUGCUUCAAAAUUGGAACCAAAUGUUCAAGAAUUCAACUCAGAAGAAAUGAUGACCAUGCAGCAGCUUCUUUUUGAUUUCAACUAUGAUGUUGAACAGAAUUUUUCCGAUGAAAAUCAAGAUUGCUAUUUCGAUCCAGACGAGUUUAUUUUACCCAUUGAAAUGAAUAACAGCUGUUGUUUCAUGCCAGAGUACUCUGUUUUCGAGAAACAACCAAAGGACAAUAAUUCUUGUUUCAUUCCAGAGUACUCUGUUUUUGAGAGCUUCCCAAAACGUCAAAAGAUUUUUCAAGAUGAUUUCUUUCCAAAUCCAAAUAGUAAUACGAUAACCCCAUCCACUCAGAACUCAUCUUUCAUGCCAGAGUACUCUGUUUUUGAGAAACAACAGAAACUCUUUCAAGAUAACUUCCAUGAGGGGUUUGUGCCAAAUCCUCCAAUGUUUGAGGAUUUUGCGCUUCCAGAAAUUCCUAUGCCUGUUUUUAGUAGCAAUAAUGCUGCUGGAGUUGUCGCGAAGAAAGGCUGUAGUAGUAAUAAUGAGAAGAAGAUGUCAGCACAGAGUAUGGCGGCGAGGCAGAGGAGGAAGAAGAUUAGUGAUAAAACACAAGAAUUGGGCAAAUUGAUACCUGGUGGACACAGAAUGAACACUGCUGAAAUGCUUCAAGCUACUUACAAGUAUAUUAGAUUGUUGCAAGCACAAGCUGGACUUCUUGCCUUCAUGGGAUCAUAUCAGGAAUCAUUUGAAACACCAAAUUUGCAGAAAAUUGUUGGAUCUUCGUUGGUUCAAGAGAAGUUGUAUUCAAGCGAACAUUGCUUAGUUCCAAAAGUAUUUCUUGAAGCACUAGAAAAUAAUCAAGAAUUCCAAAAUUCACAAAUCCUUGAGGAAAUCAAAACUUUGAUGAAGGAAGGAAAAUGAUUAAUUUUCAGCCAAAGAAUUAGAAAAUUUAGAUUUUGUUUAGAUUAGUUCAGUUCAAUUACUUGUUUGUUGUCUUAGGCUAGCCAUGAAUUCAUUUUUAUUUUUUCUUACUUAGGAUUUUAAUUAUGUAAUUUUUCACUGUAAAUUCCUCAUUUACAAGGAAUUUAA